UAUGACUAAUAAAUUUGUUUCUCAUUCGAUUUUGACAUCCAAAGAUGGACUAGAAUUUUAGGAAGUAAAGAGGGAUCAACCAAUUCAAGUUUAAGAGAAGAAGUUAUCCUUCAUGACACUCUCAGAAUAAAUUGUCGAAUAAGAAAAACUAGAUCAAUUGCUGAGACCAGAAGUAACCAAAAUGCAAAGGAAAAAACAAACCAAACCCAACAUUUAUGAAAAGACCAAACCUUUAACAGAUGAAGGUAUUUAAAAUCAACAUUAACUAUUGUAGAUAACCUAGAGUAUGUUGAAGAGAGUGGAUUUAAAUAGGAAAUAUUUAACGAGGAAGAUUUCGACUUUUUUUAAUAUUAUGGUUAGUUAAGGGAAAUAGAAAAUCGAAAAAUAAAAAUUGAAAGAGAACAUAUUAAGCAAUUCAAAUAAAGACGAUCUGAAUUAACCAUUGAUAGCACACCUUAAAUUGUUGUUUAAAAGGAGGCUCAAACAUCCGAUAAAGUCUACUCUGUGGGUUCAAUCAAAGUGGUCAAGUUAAAGAUCAAGCCUCCUUAGUUUUUAGAGGAUCUGAAUCAUGAUAAUAAUAAGGAAGAAACUAAAAAUGUUGACAAAGAAGAAAACAAUUAAUAAAUCAAAAAUCCAAAUCAAAAGAGUUUCAAACCACUUGUGAGUGAUGACGAUGAUAAUAUACCAGAGCCACCUGUAUAGAAGAAGACAAAACUUGUAGAGUAUGAUUCCGAAUGAAC